GUUUGGACGUUUGCCGUAUGUGUGUGACACCGUGAUUCUCGCUCUUUCCGUGGCGUUUGCGAUUAUUCUUGGCGUUGGACGCACAGUUUUAUGCUUGCCCUGCACGGGAGAAGAAGAACAGGAAGAGUGUGUGGCGCUUCGAAGCGCAAUUUUGGGCACGGUAUAUUUUCUUUCUAGCAGUGGCUGGUUGGUGCUGGUUGUUAAUCAACCGGUCAGUGUCCCGGGUGUGAUUAAUUGAACGCCACUCGAAAAUGUAACGAAUUGUUUGAUGAAGAUUUAUCCUCGAGAGCGCUGAUUGUGCAAAGAAAAAGUUUACGCGGUUUGAAAUUAUUCCGAUGCGUGUGAUUACUGUUGAAACGAAAGGUGAAUCUAAGUGAUGUUUCUUUUCUGAGAAAAUUUGCACUGCUUAAACGAGUGAAAGGAAGAUAUUAGCGGUGAGAUAACGAAGAUCCGUGGUCAGUGGAAGAUCGACGAAAGAAUGAUGCAAGAAGAAACGCAGUUGAGUGAAACAAAUUAAUUGGUACUGAUUUAAUCAGCUGGUUAGUGAUUGUGUGUAUUAUUCCGGUGAUUGCUCCAAUGCCAAAGCAGAGCCAGUGAAGUGAAAGAGGUUUUACAAUAAUUUCAAUUAACAAAAUUGUUUACAAGAUUGUUGUCUGGUGCAGUUCGACAGACGGCUUGAACAAGUGGGAAACAAAUUUAAACUACAAAGAGUAAAGCUAGUUGGAAGGAACGUACAUUCCUGGCGUUUCGUUAACGUCAACGAUCAACGGAUAAGAGAAAGAAGAGCAUUGCAGCAGAGCAAGAAACAAGACUGCUUUUGACAGAAGCAAACCUAUUUGCCGCAUAAAUUAUACAACCGUAAGUCGAGCGGCGGCUAGACUGACCAGUAAAGGAGAACUUUGAUGAACUUAUAAAUGCACAUAAAUUGUUCAACUUAACCGAAGAUUCUGAGCACUGAUCUGAUGAUAUUAGCGCAUAAAAAGAAGAAUUGCAACAGCAGAAACAACGGUAAAAUCGCAGCACUAAUGAGCGCAGUAAAUAAAAAUACGUGAAAACGGUGAGUUUAAUCAAUUGGAAUUAAGAAAAAAUGAACCUCCUUCUUUAAGCACGACGAAACCAUAAAUAAGUCAGUGACAACAGCACUGGGAAACGACUGAGAAACGGCUUCUCCCGGCAUUAAUAAAACAAUGAUAUUUAAACGCGAGCUGAAAUAUGCAAAUAGAGUUUCAUAACAGAGCGAAAGAUAAUGGACCAAAGGGGAAAAUAAACGUCACACAACUGUCGGAACCACGACGUCGGGUUACAAGUCAGCUAGAAGAGUUCAAGAAGAAAGAACAAAGCGGCGGCCGAAGACAGUGGAAAAAAGCUAUUGAUUUUCUAUUCCCCAUGCAUCGUUGCCUUUCGACAACUGUGCAACAGUCACGUUAGAACGAGUCGUUUGAUGUUUAUCACAAAAGGAAGUUGGUCGGAGGAAGAAUCGUGAUUAGCAGCAGCGCGCGUGUGCUGCGGAACGAAGUUUUGUUGUUUGAUAAGGAUGAGUUAUUCGCUGCGAUAGGAAAACUUUGCCUGGAUCAGAUCGUUUCACCCGAUUGAAGAUUGCCGGGGUUCCUGAGAAGAAGUGUUUUCAAGAAAAGCUACAUUCAUCAAUUCAGUUUCAAGUGUCUGUGUUCGAAAAGUGACGUGGUUUGCUAUCUAAGUGAAGGUGAUUAGAAGAUAUUUUUGUGCGUAAAACAGAGGAGUACAAUUCUGCCUGCUUGCUGCUUUCGUUCUAAGUUUAAACAACCACUUCUGAAUAUUGGAUUUUGAAGAAUGGAACACUUAUUUAUUAAAAGGGUUAAAAUUUUCAUCAGCCGCCAUAAAUUAUCAUAAUGCAAAAUGGAGCUAUCAACGAUGGGAGGUCGUCGUCUGACCUCUCAGCAAUUACAGCAGCUUCAGCAGGCACAUCAGCAGCAGCAACUUCAACACUUCCAACAGCAACAGCAACAGCAGCAACAGCAACAACAACAGCAACAGCAACAACAGAAGCAGUUAUCCCAGACCGCCAUGUUAUUCCAGCACCAGCAGCAGCAGCACCCCGGGCAGCAGUUGCCUCCGACGGCACCGAUGAUGGGGCCGAAUCCUUUGCAUCGGUCUGCGCCACGAUUUCACGCCUCGCGUCACCGGAAGGAUUCACUGGGGAAGGGCGUCAGCAAGUACAUGUACCCGCCGGGGUCGCCCUCGAUGGGCACCACCAACGAGAACAUCUACCAUCCCCAGACGCCUGCCAGCAGUAACAACAGCAGCAUCGCCAACAUCAACAACAAGCACAAUCGCUACCCGGAGCCGGAUCCGGAUGUUAUCGAGGUGUACCUGGAGGAUGACCCGAUCAAGCUCAAAGAGGCAGUCCGCGACGGAAAGGAGAUCAAAUGGCGCAACAAUAUCGUGGCUACUAUGGAACGCUAUGAGCCUGCACCGAUAUCAGCAGCUACCCUGCCCUCUUCCUAUUUGCAUCACCACCAAUCUAGCAGCGACAGCAGUUGCAAUCCGGAGUACUCCUACGCUUACUGCGAACCGAUGGUACUAAAGCAACAAUCGCUCCAGUCUACACAGCAACAGCAACAACAGCAACAGCAACAACAACUACAACCACCACCACCACCGCAACCGGGUCAACUGCACCCGAGCAAUAUUCCGCAGAUACACAAAAUCUCCUCGUCGGUCUCGAGCAACGCGCUCUCCAAGCUGCCAUCCACUAAUUCUCUACGUGCCUUAUUGAGUAAGAGCUUCCGGAAGAGUUCGGUGUCUUCGAACUUGCCCGGAACAUCGAGCGGAGGCCUAGGAGCAUCGGGAAAUCCGCUCCAAGAGAAGCACACCUUCACUACCCGCUACGGAACGAAGGAGAACAUCUACGAGGACGUAGGAGCUGGCACGAUGGCGAGUGCUGCCAAACCAGGCACAAGCAUGAACUCUUCUUCGAUGCAAAGUUUCGAAUCGAUCAACAAGUUCAAUCUGCACGAUGAACUGCGGCACGUACAGAGCCAGCACGACCGAAUCAUCGGAGAGUUGAAUCUAUCGGUGGAAACAUUGAUCAUGCCUUCCAAGGACGAGCAGGAUGCGAUCGAGGAACGCUUGAACGAGAUCCACUGUGCUCAGUAUCAUGACGAAAUGUCCCAAGACGAUUGCAUAGCGGCCGGAUCGUCCAAUACGGCAGCGAUGAUCCACCUACAGGAACGACUGUCACCGACUACUUCACAGCCGAACAGUGGUGACGUAGAUAGUGGUAUAAGCGGCAGUAGUAGUAGUGGCGCUAGUUAUUCCAGUAGUAUGCUAUACCGGACCACUGCGAUGUAUACGAACAACAGCAAGACGGUCACAAUUAACGAUAAUGCCGAUGGCAGUGGCUCCGGAACGUCCAUGAUGGCCGGAAGCAGUUCGAUACGGAGCAGUUGUGGUAGCAAUAGCGGUUGCGGCUCCAUCCCCAUCGGAUACGCUACAUGUGGAGGCGCUAGUUGUAGUAAAAUGGCUUCUAACGUUGUGAUACCUAACUCGAAUAGAUUAACUUGUUGUUUCUACUCCGAUAAGCUAAGCAAAACUAGUAAAUGCAACUCCGAACACUUAAGCACGCUUGCAGACAAGUCCAGCUUCUGGAACAAGCUGGGGAAAUUGAAAAUUUCCGGUGUAUUUGGUGGUGCCAACAGUAGCAAUAGCAGCUGCAGUUCCACUAGCAGUAGCAGUACAAACAGUCAGCAUUUUCAUCCACCGCACCACAGUCACCAUCAUCCACAUCUACACCACCAUCACAACCAUGCGCUCAUGAGCCAUCCGCAUCAAUUGCCAGGUCUGAACCAUUCCGUUCCGACGACCACGACGAAUACUGCCACGAUCGCAAGAAGCAACGAAGCCGAUCAGCGUCUGCAUCUGCACCAUCACCAUCACCAUCAUCAUCUUCCGUCGCCGCCGGUCACUACCACCAUCGAACCGUGGUGGCAAACUCCGACCGAACAGUGCUUCAUGAUGAAUCCGUCGCUCUGCACCGGUUGCAGUGGAGUCACCGAUGCCUAUCAGAUGCCUUGCGAGGUCCUAGUGCCACCCCCGCAGCCGCCACAGCUGUGCUCGCUGUCGUCCAUCGGCAGCGGGGUCAGCAUCCGGCCACCGUUGCCGCAGCCACCACUACAAACGCAGAUCGAACUGGAAGAGGACGAGGAAGAAUCGAAAGCGGAAGAAAAUGCACAGUAGGAAAACCGUAAAACGAAAAACCGUAAAAACGAUAAAGAAACCGUUCCGUUUAUGAUUGUGAUGCUUAACCCUCGAAAACGAGUAACCGUACUAAGAAAAAAAAAUAGUAGCACCAAUUAAGCGAUUGUAAAUAAACUAGAGAAAAAAAAGUAACAAACGCAAACUUUUGAAUUGUAUAGUAAAUUACAACUGUCAUUUUAACACACACACACAAACAGCAUCUAUAUUGUCAAAACUAUGUAUAUGUAUAUUUUAGCACCGAACGCUCGAUUGUCUGUAAAUACAAAACAAAUAGGAGAACCAAUUCGUCGGAAGCGAAACAAGCAUAAAAAAUACAACUUUUUAUUAGUGUGAAUAGCUAGUAUUUAAAACAAAACGAAUGUAUUUGAAAGGAUCACCAAUAGUGGAAGAAAAUGGUACUAAGCGAACGAACGACGAUACGCGGACCAACUAAAUAUUUGGGGCCGCUAAUCUUGUUUUUUGUUUUUUGUUUUUUCUUUUCGUUUCACACAUACACACUCACUCACACACCGUUCGGUUGAUUUAUUCAGCAUGAGAUUUUAACGAUAUCAUACACACGAGCCAAUUCAAAAUUGUUAAUUAAUUCGCUUACGUUUGGGCAAUGUUUGUGGCAACUUUGUGGAAGAAAAUUUUAAUCGAAGUCGGAGUCAAAAUGCGAUCCGGUCUGUUCCGCCGUACCCGGCCGGAAUUAUCCAUCCGGAAGGAGGAUUUCCACCCAUCGGCAGGAUAAUUUCCACCGGAUCGGAUGGUCAACUUGAAGAAACGUUAUCAUUAUUCGGGCAGACAGCGUAGGGAAAGCGAAACAUAUGCGCGACAGAGCAAAAAGUAAAAAGAACACGAUAAAGGAAAAUGCCAAAGAAUACAUUUA